GGCGGGUGGCAGGUGCGUAUAGCUCUUCAUCUAAUGCCACCCGUCGCCCUUAUAUACGCUGACUUCCUGCCAGCUGGCCGCUGAGGCAAUUCCCGAUGGCAGCCGAAUGAAGCGUGCGCGUUCUCAUGGCUGCACGUCGAAGGGUGGGAGCUUGGCUUCUAUCUCGGGUCCUGAAUAGAGUGUUCACCCCAAUUCGGAUAUGCGUGUUCCAGCCUUGCAACAGGCUGCUCGCACUGCUGCUCUUCAUUGGCGAUGUCGGGCGAUUACGCAUCUUUCACCGUACGGUGCCCUGUGGGGAGAUGUCUCGCGGCGUAUCCCCGCCUGGCAUCACUUGUGUGCAGCAUCGCCAGCGGGGUUGGGCUCACCCUGCGAAACUUGGCAGCUUGACACGUAGGAUUCAUUCCUUGCCAGCGUAGGAGCGGUGGCUAUCUGGAGGGAAGGGAUGACGACUGUUGAGUGGGACGAUGAUGAUAGCUGGAGGCAACGUUGCCACAAUAUAGGAAAGUCGACGAACGAGG